AAUCAUUAGUGCGAACCGAACCGAGAUGGACGGUGCUCAACCUCGAAGGUUGGCCGUUAAUACUUGCGCCUGAACCUUAGGAGAGACUGUAUCCCAUCUAAACUCGCCAUUACCGCGCAAACUUGCUUGAAGAGACGAACUUAUUGUCUCCGACGGUUUUUGCGAUAAUAUUCAGAAACCCUCUCAGAAAAAGAGCCUCCUUUAUUCAGCUGUUCCGGUCUCCAGUUAGGAGACGCAAAUAAUAUCCGACACUCGAAACAAUCCGAAGAUAAGCAUCUACUCUAGAAAUUACAGACAUUUUGGUGACGCGCAACCAAAUUCGACGAGUGUUCUCAAGACCCCCGAAUUCUUGACAGCUAGACACCUUCGAUAUAGCGUCUUAGAAGCUAGGCGACGACGUCUUAUUGAAUAACUCCUAUAGGACUCGUCUUUAAUAGAGAUUCCGAAUUAUCUAGUUGGGGCAUUCAAAUUGCUACCUAUCCAAUCGGUCGCGUCGCACACAUAUCGAGCGCCAUUAUAAUUAGCUUGACAACACGUCGAGGCAAUCAUUAUUAUACACUUGUACACAUCGCAAUGAGUUCUUCCAGACCUGCCGUCCCGAAGCCGGGGCCGGCAAAGCUGACGCCCGGUUCUGGUUUGGACGAAUGGCUCGAACAAGCUAAGCAAUGUCGUUACCUACCGGAGGCAGUAAUGAAGGAACUCUGCGAGAUGGUUAAGGAAGUCUUGAUGGAAGAAUCCAACAUCCAACCGGUAGUUACUCCGGUCACUAUUUGCGGCGAUAUCCAUGGCCAAUUUUACGAUCUACUAGAACUUUUCCGCGUCAGUGGUGGUAUGCCGGGUCAACCUGUGACUGAGGCUCCUGUAACCUCAACUUCCGUAAUUACUUCAGCAGACAUAGAGCCUCCUACCGAGAUUACUAACCCAAAGUUAAAGAAGAAAAUAAAGAAGCCGAAGAACCCAAUUGGAGAUGUUCCUGGGCUUCCUAAUGAAGAGUCCACUAAUGCAGAAGAGGAGGAUGAAGAGGGCAACGAAUCUCCAAACGCCUCCCAACGAAAUUCCUCAGAUGCUUCAGCGAACGUCAACAAUGCCGACACUCGCUUUGUGUUUUUGGGUGACUUUGUGGAUCGAGGGUACUUCAGUCUUGAGACUUUUACACUACUUAUGUGUUUGAAGGCAAAAUAUCCCGAUCGCAUUGUUCUUGUUCGCGGUAAUCACGAAUCUCGACAGAUUACUCAAGUGUAUGGUUUCUACGAAGAAUGUCAGCAAAAGUAUGGAAAUGCGUCGGUUUGGAAGUCGUGCUGCCAAGUUUUCGAUUUUCUGGUCCUGGCCGCCAUCGUGGACGGGGAAAUACUUUGCGUCCACGGAGGAUUAAGCCCCGAGAUCCGUACAAUCGAUCAGAUCCGUGUUGUAGCUCGGGCACAGGAGAUUCCUCACGAGGGAGCAUUCUGUGAUCUGGUCUGGAGCGACCCCGAGGAAGUUGAGACUUGGGCUGUUAGCCCAAGAGGCGCAGGUUGGCUCUUUGGCGACAAAGUAGCGACGGAAUUCAACCAUGUCAACGGCCUUAAGUUGAUUGCUCGUGCCCACCAACUUGUCAACGAAGGCUACAAGUAUCACUUUCCACAAAACUCGGUUGUUACAGUUUGGUCAGCGCCGAACUAUUGUUAUCGCUGCGGAAAUGUUGCCUCAAUUAUGUCCGUGGAUAAGAAUCUAGAUCCGAUGUUUAGCAUUUUCUCAGCCGUUCCCGAUGACCUGAGGCACGUACCCGCAGGACGACGUGGCCCGUCUGAUUACUUUUUAUAAUGCGUUACUACUGAAUUGCAACAUUCCGUGACGAAAUUUCGAGACUCUUGAUACCACUACCACAAAGGCGUUUUAGGGAAGGAUUUUUUCCCAUAUCGGUUUUUUUGCAAGGCAUGAAGGAAUGACGGACGCAACAAUGAAUAGGUUAUAGACAAUGAGGCUAGGGGCAUGUAUACGUCGCCAGUAAGAGCAAUUUUUAGUGAUAACAAGGUGGAACCGUAUUACGGGGCAUGGCGACGCGAAUGAUCAACCUGUAUAGUAGAAGCUUGGAAGGACCACGUCAGGGGUACAUGGGUCGGGGGUAACCUGGCCUCCUGGUGUGCCUAGGACAUUGUAUGAAAUUUACUUGAUAUUAAAUCGUUCGCCAUAUGAGAUAACGUGUGGUGAUCAAAUAUCAAAACUUAUAACUUAUUAUGAUUCUUUCGUGUAGGAAUGAUUAUGUAAGCCU